UGUGGAUAGGGGGAAAAAAAUAGCAGGCGGAUCUGUCACGACAAAGCUGCAUUUUCCCGCCAAUCUCAUUCACGAGUUCGGCAGUGACUGAAGACAAAAUUUCAAGUAUUACUAGAUCAUCUUCGAUCUUAACACGUGAAAUGAGUGACGAAAUAAUGGAAGCUCUUGAUUCGGGUACUUCUUCCGAAUCCGAAUCCGAUUCCAUAAAAUCACCCCUGAAAGAUUGUGAAACCUUAAGCCUGUCUCACCAAAUGGUUAAAAUUGCCUCCCCGAUUUCAAAUGAAAAUUCGAACUCCAGCUCAGAUUUACCCUUAAGCUUAUUUGUAUCUAAAAAGAGAACCCAGUUAGCCAUUUUGUCAGAAGAUGAAACUGAAAGCUCAACUUCAAACACUACUGAAAAACACCACAAAGAACCAUCAAAUGUUUUGGUUUCGAUGGAUGAAAAUUCAAGUUCUAGUGAUAUCCCACUUAGCAAGUUGGCUUCCAAUAAAAAACUAGUUGUUUCAAAAUUAGAAGUUCCAUCGUCAAAUGUUUCAGUAUCAGCAGAUGACAAUUCAUGUUCUAGUGAUGUCCCGCUUGCCAAGUUUGUAUGCUCAUCAAUCCAGCAUACCAAUUUAGAAGCAAAGAAGGCAAAGGAUCAGUUACGAAAAAGUUUCACGCAAAAAAAAGUGAAUGAGAAAAACAGUUUGAAAAGAAAAAGGAGUGAGGAAACUGGCAGUGAGCAAAAACGAGUCAAAACAAAAAAAAAAAAUAUUUCGUCUGAUAGCAGCUCCGACGAUGCUGUUAAAUCAGAAAGUGUCACACCAGAACCGGCUUCCAGUAAAAAAAAUGGCAGUCCAGCAACCAUCAUGAAGAAUGAAACUGUUCCAGUAACAAUCGACAGCAAAUCUAGUCCGUCAAUGGGCAAGACAAAACUAGGUCCUGCGAGCAGCAAAAGAACGUCUGUUCAGGAUGACGUUACUAUUUCUCCAACUAAAGCCAAAGUCAACACAAAUCCUCUAAGUUCCAGAUCCAAACCAAUUGACACUAAAAAAACAAAGGUGUUGGAUAAAAACGGUAUUCUGGAGAAGCUCGAUAACUCGUCCAAUACUAGCAGCUCUUCAGAAGAUAGUGAGGUUGAGGAUCCCUCAAAUGUUGAAAAUAACGUUAUAUCGCGAUCCAGCUCGAGUUCCAAAAGUGACGAAGACCCUGAUUCAGUUCUCAGCUCUUCGAUAAGAAAAAAGAAAGUUCUGCAAAAGAAAGCCAACGGAACAAGGAAAAGUGGGAGUUCUGGAAGUGCUAGCGACUCCGAUGAUCCAGUGUCCCGUAAAACAAGUAAUUCAAGCACUGGCAAGGUUGAAGAACUCCCUGGUUGCCUGUCUUCUGGAUCUUCUUCCAGUGAGGAGUCCGAAAACGUUUCUCCGCAGAAGAAAAAGGCCACGCAGAAAGAUGAAAAAUCAUCUAAAAAGGAAACUACAAAGGAGAAGAAAAAUCCCGGAGACAACCCGCGUAUAAUACGGCUUCAGCGCUAUUUGAAAGAAGCGGGAAUUCGCGUGCAGAACUACAAAAUAUUAUGGCAAAACUGCAAAAGCGACAAAGCGAGGGCUCAAAAGCUAAUGGAGUUGCUUCAUGAGCGCGGUUUGAAGGGAAAACCUUCAGUUUCUGAAUGCCGAAAACUUAAGAAGAAAUUUGAGAGAGAAAAGGAGGUUUCAGAACUCAAUACAUCAAACAUCAUCACCUCCAAUGGGAGAUCUCGCCGCGGUGUAACGAGCCUCUUUGCAACUCGCCGUAGUCCUUCUCCAGCCAGCGCAAAGAAACAAGAAACGUCACCAAAGAAAUCACCAGAAUUUAAGAAAAUAUUUGGUCGAUUGAAAAACAUCGUCGACAGUGAGGAUUCCGACUGAAACGUACAGUAUCUUAUGUCAAAUUUUUAGAACCUAUCUUUUCAUCGUAAAACUCAUUUGUUCAAUUUCUUACUUUUAAUCCGUGGGUCGCAUAGUUUUAAUUUCCGCGCAUUUCCCAUCCAUAAUACUGUACAUCACGUCGUGGCGUACACUAUUAUCAUUUACGUCCACAACUAAAACCACAAAGAUAUUUCCCCUUGUUAACCAUAACGCAUAUCAAUACUUUUAAAUCAGUUUUAAAAUAAAAUGCCGUAUCAAUUUAA